GCACGCACGCACGCACGCACACAAGCCCCCUCCCCACCCCGCGCAUCGGCAUGUGGCACGCAGCACGCGAAAAUGAGAAGCGCAUCAGGCAGCGCCUGUACGAGUUGAAGAAGCGCGGCGAGCGCCGGCGCGCCUUCCUCAACAGCAUGGAUCACGACCAGACCGAGGACCUGCGCGUCGUCGGCGUGUCGGCCGCCGAGCAGCCGAGCACCGACGCCGAGGACCUUCUCCCCGGGGAGCUGAACGAGCAUGCCCACCUCCUCCAGUGGGCUGGCGACCCGUCAGUCUUCCUCGAUCGCUUCGACGCCCGCAGCUUGCUCGGCUACCUGCCGCGCGUUGCGCCGGCUCCGGCGCUCACCCGCCGCGAGGAGCGCAAGAAGGAGGCCGAAGACGACCUGCUCCAGUUUGAGCGGUACCGCCACCUGGUCGAGGCGGCCCGCCUGGACCUGAAUGAGCGCGACUUCCUCAAGAGCAUCGAGCAAUACUGGGAUCGUGUGUUCGAGUCCCGUGCCCAGGUCGGGCAAUUCUUCAAUCAACCGGCCGGCCCCGGCCACCACUCCGGCCGGCACCACCCUGCCGACCCGAUCCCGCGUCCCGAGGUCCCGAUCCUGGCCCUGCCGCCGCCCGGCCCGGGCGCCAUCGCCUCCCAGUACUCGAGCGACACCAGCCUGAUUCAGGCCCUGGACCGCCUGCCCGGACACACCCUCGACCAGCUGGCCACACUGGGCCGGCGCUUUGGCAUGCAGCAGCUCGUGCAGCACCUGUACCUGGCCUCGGUGGAGGCGGCCCGCGGCCAGGCCAACCGCAACAGCACCGAGCGCCUCAUCCAGCAGGCGGCCCGCGGCCAGGCCCAAGCCCAGGCCCAGGCCGAGGCCGGCUCCGGGACCCUUUCACACCGAGCCCUCAAGUACCAGAGCAAGCGUCUCCGGCGCUUGCUCCGGAAGAAGCUCCAGUACCAGGCCCGCGGCAUCGAGGCCAGCACCGACGGCCCGGCCUUCAGCCCCCUUUGGAACUGGCUCGAGCGCAAUGCCCCCCCGGCCGCGCACGAUGACCCCGGCGACUCGGACUCCGACUCGGAUGACGACAGCGACAGCGACAGUGACCAUGACCAGGCCAGGCCCGGUCGCGGUGGCUAUGACCAGGCCAGGACCGGUCGCGGUGGCUAUGACCGGGACCGGGACCGGGACCGGGACCGGGACCGGGACCGGGACCGGGACCGGGACCGGGGCCCGGGCCGCUCCGCCCAGGACUCCCGCGCCGCGCUCUCGCACCUGCCCGUCUCGCCGGCACUGGCCCCGGCACGUUCAUUCCCCUCGCCGGCGCUGGCCCCGGCGCCCGAGGAGCCCCCCAGCAAGCCCCUCUCCCGGGCGGAAAUGCUCAAGCAGCGCAUGCAGCAGGCCCUCAACAAGAACAUCAUCGCCGACCAGCAAAAAGAGGCCGCCAAGCAGCACUCGCGCGAGAUGGCCUCCCUGGUCGAAAGCCAACUGACGUCGGGCUUUGCCCGGCCGCCGCCCGCGACCGACCCCUUCGGCCGGGAUCACUCGCUGGCCAUCAGCUCCUACGGCAAUGGCGGCCCGUCGGUGGCUGCCACCGGCCGGCGCGCGUCCGACAUCCGGGCCCCGGAGCCGCGCGCGCACCACCAGAGCCUCCACCAUGAGCGUGAUCGACACGGCCGUGGUCGGGACCGCCGCAGCCGCACCCGGAGCCGCAGCCGCAGCCGCGACCGGCGUCGCAGCCGGAGCCGGAGCCGGAGCCGGAGCCGCGACGGUCGCCGCUAUCGCAGCCGCAGCCGGAGCCGCAGCCGCGAUCGCCAUCGCCGCCGCAGCCGCAGCCCCGAACGCGACUGGCGUUCCCGACGUGAUGACGACCGAUACUACUCCCGAGGCCGGCGCCCCCGCAGCCGCAGUCGCAGCCGCGACCGGCGAUAA